AUUCUCUUCCUCCAUUUCUUCCUUAAGAAGCUCGAUUCUCACAUUUUCUUCUUCGAGUGUCACAUGAUGAGUUCGGGUGGUGAGGAUUCGGCUGAGAAUACGAUGGGUAUUCGUGGUAUCCCGGAGCAAUGCGGCUGUGGUCGAAGAACUGGGAUUUACACAUCAAAAACGAAGGAAACUCCAGGAAGAACUUUCUUUAGAUGCCCAACGUUUCGAAAUGAUCACUUGUAUAAAUGGGUAGAUGAAGCUGUCUACGAAGAGGUUCAGGAUGCAUUGCCUAAAGUUGAUUGCUUUGCAUCCGAUUUGAGGAAGCUCAAAAUGGAGAUCGAGAGCCUCAAAAAUGUGGAGGAAGAGCUGAAAGAAGAUGUCAGAAAGGCUAGCAAUGAAGUUAAGAAGCUGAAUGUGAUCGUCAAAGUGGGUUUUCUAGUGGCAUCAGUUUCUUACUAUGUUUGUUUAUGUUUGAUCGUCUUUUGCUUUAUCACCAAAAUAAAGACUCAAAUCUGUACAACCAACUUCCUCAAUGCCAGCAAUACCGUUCUCAUCUUCCCUACCAUCAUCACCUAUAUCCCCAAAUUCUUCAUCAUCAUCUGA